GCUUGCGGCGGCUUGUAUAGCCGGCGUGACCAAGUUACUAUUAAACCGGGUGUCAUCUGAGAUCAGCAUGCAGAGAGGGGAGAGAGAGAGAGGAGAGAGGAGAGACAGCGGUGUUCAAACGGGAAUUUCCUUAAUCUAAUAAUAUCGUCAUUGGGGAUUUAAAAAAAAAAAUGGACAAUUCAUGAAAUACAACGUUGCCGUGUUCUCCAUCAGAAACCUACCUCAUCACCAACGAAGAAAAUAGAAGCGUCAGAGAACAAAGCGUUUAGUCUCUUCAAUGCUGCAAAUACUAUAAUAAUAAUAAUAAUAAUAAUAAUAAUAAUAAUAAUAAUAAUAAUAAUAAUAAAAAUAAAUAGAAGGAGCAUUCUAUUUCUGACUGGGUCGCGGUUAUACCACAAACACACGGAGGUUUUAACAUAUCCAGCAACGAGGGACCUGCAUAACGAAGCACGGGAGCCGGAGGAUUUGGGGGUCUUUUCAAAACAGAGGCACCUCCUCCGGACACAACAACACGCCGAGAAAAGGAUGUCGCUUCAGCCCGUGUCCCGGGACCCCUAUCACAGACAAGACCGCAGCGGAUAGCGUGCAUAUGCUGGCCAGCGCGGACUGCUUAUUAAUAAUAAUAAUAAUAAUAAUAAUAAUAAUAAUAAUAAUAAUAAUAAUAAUAAUAACUGAUGUAUUGUUUUUAUUUAUUUGUGUAUUUAUUUUAUUCAAAUUGAUUCGCUGUCUGUCUGGCUGGCUGUUUUGCGUUGUUUUGCUCACACAGCUCGGACGCACUAACCGUCUCUGCAGACAGUCAAGUAUUUUUUUUUUUUUUUUUGGUCUGCACAGCGCCUUUCCUGUGGUUGACAAGCGGACUGUAAGUAAACCGGCUGAUAAACGGAACUGUCACACACGUGACGCUGGCAGAAAAAAAGCGGCUAAGCUUUUUAAAAAUCACACGGCAGAUCUCAGACUAUGAACUUUGAGCUGUGCCGGAACAGCACACACGUUCUUGCGCUUUCAAAGACUGAAGACAGAACAGGAUAGGAAAUCAGAGAAAUACUAAACAAAAAAACACUAUUUUGUUACAGUUUGGAGAAUUAUAUACCUGUUAUAUUGAAAUCUUUGAUUUUUUUUUUAAUGAGGCAAAAUUAAGGGCAGCUAAACCGUAAUAUUUCUUGCCGAGUUUGUACAACGACUUAAAUACCAAUACAACCCUUAUUUAAAAUAAAUAAAUACAUCUGUGAUUUGACCCCACUGGCAUGCCUCUCAGAAGAAAGCCAUCCCACCUCCUCCUGCACACCCAAGUGCCGGCCCGGGUGACGGAGAGCUUCAUCCUCUCCGGGUACCGUUUCCCCGAUUACAGCUUCCUGGAGUGCUUGCUGUCCGCUUUCCAGCCCACGAACGAGACCGGCAACUUCUGGACUCACUUCCUGGCCGUGUUCGUGUUCGCGCUCAGUUUCCUGGAGCUCUUCUUCACCCGGGACUCGACCCCCUCCUUCUCCGACCCCUUUUUCUACCCGCUCUGGAACUACGUCAUCGGCGUGUUCGGUCUCCUCCUGGCGAGCAGCAUGGCGCAUCUCUUCAACUCCAUGUCGCUCCUGGUGCGUGAGAUCUGCUUUUUCGUGGACUACGGCACCAUCAGCGCCUACACCGUCGGCUCUUCCUUGGCUUAUUUUUAUUACAUCCACCCGCAGACAGCCGCCCCCGGCAAUGCUUCCUCCGACCCCUGGCAGCCCCUUCGUGGGGUCGGCUUCUUCGACACCCUCUACAUCCCCAGUGCGUGCCUCGUGGCCGUCAUCUGCACCCUGGCCUGCUGCAGCACCCGACGUCGCUGGCGGAAAUACCGCUACAUCAUCCGGACUUUCGUUUUCCUGCUGCCCUUCACCGUGGCUUCUGCCCCUAUUUUUUACCGCCUCUACGCGGGACCCCUGAACGGAACCUUGGCCCCCUUUUUUUACCGUCACUGCUUCUGGCUGUUAGCCUCGGCGGUGUUCAACGUCAGCAAGAUCCCGGAGCGUUUUUCUCCCGGUAAGUUUGAUAUCUGGGGCCACAGCCACCAGUGGUUUCACUGCUGCACCUUCAUGAGCAUCCUGGACGAACUGCGCAUGAUCAAGGGCGAAAUCCGCUGGCUGUCAGCCGUCACGGACCCGGCGGCUGAGCUCCCGCUGGCCGCCGCGACGCUGUGCUCCACCUACGGGGUGAUGUUCGGCGUGCAGUGUUGCAUAGGCGGGAUCAUAUCUGCUUUUGCUGUGCGGGCUUCGGGGGAUCACAGUGAGAAGGCUCACCACAGGAAAUGCAGCUAAAAUCCUGUUCCAUGAAUAUAUUAAUUAGUGCUGAACAAGAAUACUACUAUUAAUAAUAAUAAUAAUAAUAAUAAUAAUAAUAAUAAUAAUAAUAAUUGCCUCCAGUUUGCACACCAACCCACUGGAGUCAAAAGUGAAUAAAUCGACUAGGCAGCUAGCCUUUUGCAAUACUGUAUAUAUGUGUUUGUACAAAAAAUAGAAUCAGUCGAUAAGUCAGUCACUGCUGAUCAUUUCGAACUAACCUGUUUGCUGAAGUGGAGUCCUACAUUUCAAUUGUAGUGGCGUAUGUGUUAAAAAAUGUUAUUGGGGCGUCUGAAUACUUAUGUUUAUUUUGUACACAUUUUUCAGAGCGGUGCACGCAGGGUUAACACUGGCCUGGGUUUCAGAACUUCAGUCUAGUAUAGUAUUGAAAUGAUCAGGAGCCAGGACUUCACUGAGGGGAGCUCUGAACCCCAGGACUGGGUGCAGCAGCAGCAGCAACAGGGCUAGUGUGAGUUUGUAACCCUGCUCAAACUCCUGGCUCCUGAUCAUUUCGAUAUUAAUAAUAAUAACAGACUUCAUUGAGGGGAGUUCUGAACCCCAGGACUGGGUGCAGCAGCAGCAGCAGCAGCAGGGCUAGUGUGAGUCUGUAACCCUGCUCAAACUCCUGGCUCCUGAUCAUUUUAAUAUUAAUAAUAAUAACAGACCUCAUUGAGGGGAGCUCUGAACCCCAGGACUGGGUGCAGCAGCAGCAGCAGCAGCAGCAGGGCUAGUGUGAGUCUGUAACCCUGCUCAAACUCCUGGCUCCUGAUCAUAAUAAUGAUGGCUAAGCAAAUUACAAAGUACUGUACUGUGUGUGUGUGUAUAUAUAUAUAUAUAUAUAUAUAUAUAUAAUGCUUGUUUGUUUUGUUUUUUAACAAACUGUGAAAUCUUUAUUUAAAACAGGAAUGUGAAAUAAAUUUCUCCGAUACAGUUACUCUAAGUGGUCAGAAACAUUAA